AUGUCAGGCUCCUCUCUGAGAAGGACGAGUCGCCGUGGAUGUCGUGUCCUCCCACGACAUCCCGGACGACGCGUCCUCGCGACCUUCGUCGCCCUUCACCCGAUCAUGCGCGUAGCAGCUAGAAUGCAUCAGCAUCGAAUGCUGAGAAGAGAAGCAGAACCUGCUACGUCGGAAGGGGAGAAGCACGACGCUAGUUUUGAGCAGAUGGCUGGAUACGUAGACAAGUUGGAAGCAGAUGAGCAGAAGGCAUGGUCCAGCACCGAGCAAGAUAGCGAAGCAAGAAAGAGCUAUGUCUACGAAGCAAGUAUUUCUAUCUUGAAUAGGCAGAUGGAGAUGAUGAUGAUGAAUAGAAAAAGAAAAUCAUAAGAACAACAUCAUUCAAUCAGAAUCAAAAUCAAUAUUCUCGUCCACCGUGUAUAGUUUGACUGAGAUCUCACCAUCUACAACAACGCAACAGCUGGCGCAAUACCCGCUUCCGGGGAUUCUAGCGUGAACCUCUUAGAAAAAGCGGACCAGGCGGCACAGGCACAAGCAGCAGCACCCGCCGCCCAAGCCGCGGCGGCGCCGAUUCCGGCAGGAGUAGCUCCAGCCGUGAAUCCAAAUCAGCCUCCUGCUCCAGCAGCGGGUAUACAUCUACUUCCGCGUCACGAUAUUGUUGUUGAUAGAACACCAAUUCUUACCAUGACAUGAUUCUACCUGAGAAGUACUUAGACGAUGCAUUAUCUCACUUCCAUCGACAGGUGAUGCUGCAGCUGUAGCGCCAGAGCAAACACCUCUACCAGUGCCUGCAGGAGCGCCGGUCGCAUUUGGCCCAAAGGUGCCAAUAAUAGGAGGUGUUGCGAAUAACCUAGAAUCCCUACAACAACCUAGUGCUGCUGAAGUUGCUGGUCCACCACCCGGACAACAGCCACUAGCGGCCGUGCCUGGAGCUGCACCACAAGUGGGUGCGUCAGCAGCGGUACCUCCACCUGAUGCGGCACAAGCUGCAGCGGCUGCGGCUCCAGUAGUGCAGCAAAAUCCCGUGACCGCCGCUACAUCAGGUGCAGGAGCAGCGGCCCCGACAGCUGUCGCGCCUCUUGCUCCUAGUACAGCAUCUGCUGCAACUAGUACCGCCACCACACCAGCACAACCACAAGGCGGAAAUACAGCCACCCCACAGCAACCAGCACCUCCAGCACAGAGCCCAGCUACCCCAGCAGGCACCACCCCACAACAACAGCAACAACAACCUGCCACCCCACCUUCUGCAUCAACACCUGCCGCAUCAACCCCCUCCGCAUCAACACCAUCUUCACCAUCAAAGGAAGCCACUCCUGCCACCCCGGAGAAAGCGGGAGAGGAGGCGAGUGAUACAAUGGAGAUAUUCGGUUAUGAAGUGUCAAUGACGAUGCUCAUCGUGAUCAUAGCUGUCCCCGUAGUGCUGAUCAUCGUCUGCAUCCUAUGCACCGUUUGCGGAAAUAUGAGAAGUACUUGAACGUUCUCCUUUUCGAUGAUAUCGCUAUUUCUGUUUUGGGUUUAGAUCAACACCCUUAGGUAGUAGAUGUACUCUCUGAACUUCGUUGCUUGCUUUUCUGAUAAAUCUUCACAUGCUACUUCUUCUGAUAAAUCUUCACAACUACAAUUUAAUACUGACCCCCACCCGUGUUACAACAGUACAACUUGUCAACAGGUGCAAACCCCGAUCGAAUACGACGCAUGGUUGACGAGGCUCCAGAUACUAUGCGUUUCAACCUGGAUGAUGAUGAAAGUGAUACGAGUGUUGAUGUUGUGGAUGCGGCACAAAGAGGCUCGAGGAAGUCGCAGAGGUCACAGGGAAGUCAGGGAAGUCGAGAAGGAGGAGGAAGUAGAUGAGCAUUCACAGUAUGUGUGGUCAAUAGAUUUGAGUAGAAGUAGACCCUAGUAGGGCUACUCUGAAUCUUUACCUAGUAGUUGUAGUCAUAGUCUACUUGCUUGCAGUCACAAGUUAUUUUGAAGGUAUCACUUUUUCGAGGACACACUCAUUCUGAUGCAUCAAAUAUUUAACGAGGCUAACAAGUUGAAGUUCUUUUUGUCAUACCAAUACCUAGUAUGAUGAUUUUGAAAUGAACUAUACUUUCCAGCAGUUGUUUUGAAAACGGAUGAGAUGAAAACAUACACUUAUUUUUGAGAAGACACUCUUGCAGUUGCAAUUGAACUUGAUGAUAAUGUUGACGUUUGACGUUUGAGGAUAAUUACCUUCGAUCGUGCUGGUAUCUCAUAGUGCGACCACGACCGAACAUGAUCCUGACGCCGUUCGCGAAAGACAAGAGCUGUUGCUUCAAAGCGAGACCCUCACAAUUAAGUGAGAGGAGAGCAUCGUGUACUACCCUCUCCGACCUGGAGCAUGAGUCACACCCAUCGCGGCAAAAGAUCACAAGAAAAGUUAACGAGAUAUCAUGGCGCUAAACUUCUGCCAUCUUGUUGUAACGGGUUAGGAAUGACCUACAGCUUAAUAGCGCUGUCGUUUUAAAAUUUUUCCUGCAAGGCUGCC